AUGUCUCGUCCCAACAAUGAGGAGCCCGUCCCUCUCCUCUCCUCCGAGGAGAGAGAUCUCGAGACCAAGGGCGAACUCGACCUCGAGAGCCAUGCCGGCCGCGCCGAGCCCCCCAAGAACCAGAACCUCGAGCACGAGUACUCGAUCCCCAGCACAGUCAAGUUUGCUUGGCUCGGCACCUACUUCUUCUUCUCGCUUCUCCUGACUCUGUACAACAAGCUGGUUCUGGGAAUGGUAAGUCUACAACCUCGAGAGUUUGAUGACGCCCGCGCCUGCGCCCUCUCGGCCCGCGCCGUCAUACGCAACUCUGUUCGACACGAUGCUAACCAUGCGCCCGCGUUGCAGUUUCACUUCCCUUGGCUUCUGACCUUCCUCCACGCUUCUUUCGCCAGCGCUGGUACCUAUGUCAUGAUGCAGUUGGGCUACUUCAAGCUGUCGCGACUGGGUCGCCGUGAGAACCUCGCCCUGGUCGCUUUCAGUGCCCUUUUCACCGCCAACAUUGCCGUCUCCAACCUGUCUCUGGCCAUGGUUUCCGUUCCCUUCUACCAGACCAUGCGCAUGCUGUGCCCGAUCUUCACCAUCCUCAUCUACCGCGUCUACUACGGCCGCACCUACAGCUCCAUGACCUACCUCUCUCUGCUGCCUCUCAUCAUUGGUGCCGCCAUGACCACUCUGGGUGAGAUGAGCUUCACUGAUGCUGGUUUCCUCCUCACCAUCCUGGGUGUCAUUCUUGCUGCUCUCAAGACCGUCGUCACCAACCGAUUCAUGACUGGCUCUCUCGCCCUGCCUCCCAUCGAGUUCCUUCUCCGCAUGUCUCCUCUCGCUGCUCUCCAGGCUCUGGCUUGCGCCACCGCGACCGGUGAGGUUAGCGGCUUCCACAAGCUCAUCACCUCGGGCGACGUCUCUCUCCCUCCCGCCUUCGCCUCGCUCUUCGGAAACGGUUUCCUUGCUCUGCUGCUCAACAUCUCUUCGUUCAACACCAACAAGCUUGCUGGUGCCCUCACCAUGACUGUUUGCGGUAAUCUCAAGCAGUGCUUGACCGUUGCCCUCGGCAUUGUACUCUUCGAUGUGACCGUCGACCUGCUUAACGGAGCUGGUAUGGCCGUCACUAUGCUUGGUGCUGCCAUCUACAGCAAAGCCGAGCUCGACAACAAGAACCGAAAGAGCCAGCAGGCCGCCGCCGCCGCUGCCACCGCUUACAAGCCCGUCGACCAGCAGGUCCGGUAG